AUGAUCGGCCCCAGAAGCCAGUCACCAACAUUCCGCUAUCUUGGCGCAGGCGCCGUGUUGUCGCUGAUAUCGCUUACAUUCCUGCUUUUUGGACGGCCGUCGUAUCUCGGCUCGGAGUGGAACAGCGGGCCGUAUCUUCUCAAGGACUCAAGUUCUGGAAGCCCUGUGCGAUCAGAGAAAUGUGCUGGUGCUGAGCCCGGAGCUGGACCUACGAACGGAGGGGCGACUGAGAAUAGCACAUGGGAAUUCAACGUCCACCGCGAUGGCAACAACCACGGGCUCUCCGAGAGCCAGUGUCUAUCUGCAUUUCCGAAGCUCUUCGUUGAACUUGAGAGGACGGCCGAGUUCUGGGCCGCGAAUGACGGAAUCGCGUAUAAGGAUGUGGACGAUGUUGCGCGUGGUGGAGGGGUCGAUGGGAAUGGGAAUGGGCUUGUUGGGGCUGCUAUCAAAGACGGCGAGCUAUACAUACUCGACUACGGCCCCCAGCCCUACACGUUCACUCGCGGAAAAGCAACCCUGCACUCCCUGCACCGCGCACUAUCAGCAUAUCCAGACCGACAUACUCUCCCAGACAUCGAGUUCGUCCUAACAACAGACGACUUCAGCACGCCCACCUCAACCGGCAAUCGACAGUCACCGAUAUGGUCCUACACGAAACGCCCCGACGCCCCAGACACGGGCAUCUGGCUAAUGCCCGACUUCGGCUACUGGGCCUGGCCGGAAGUCGCACAAGUCGGCGAGUACAAGGACGUGCGGCGCCGGAUCUCGACCAUCGAUGAGGGUCUCCCGUUCAGCGCUAAAAAGAAACAGCUCCUCUGGCGCGGAAGCGUAGCCGCCAAUCCCGAAAUCAGGAACGGCCUACUUGAGGCUGCACGUGGGAAGACCUGGGGCAGCCUGAAGGAGGUCAAGUGGGACGACGACCAGCAAGCUAAUCUGAUGCCCAUAGAAGACCACUGCACCUACGCCUUCCUCGCGCACACCGAGGGCCGCUCGUACUCCGGCCGCGGGAAGUACCUCCUCAACUGCCGCAGCGUGCUCAUCAGCCACAAACCCCACUGGCUUGAAGCGCACCACGCCGCGCUAAUCCCGUCUGGUCUAGACGCGAAUUACGUGCAGGUUGAGCGGGACUGGUCGGAUCUCGAGCGCAAGGUGGAGUUCCUGCUUGAUAACCCUGCUGCGGCGGAGCGGAUUGCGGAGAAUGCGGCUCGUACGUUUCGGGAUCGGUAUUUGACGCCUGCGGCGGAGAGUUGUUAUUGGAGGUAUCUGGUGAACAUGUAUGGAGGGGUUAGUGGGUUUGUGCCCGUUCUUGAGGGCAAGGGGAAGGGUAGGGGGGUGAAGUUUGAGAGUUGGGUUCUUGGGGUUUGA